GCAACGCCUACAGCUUGGCUCCCGACUACAUUGUGUUUUUUUGGCGUCGUCUUAAAAGCGAGCGUGUUCUUUAAAAUAUAAUAUACUAGAUUCCAGGAAGAUCCACGUUCCGUUCGCGACAAUGAGAGACUCGGCCGCACAAGCGACUGCGGCUGUGGCACCUGCGGCCACGCAGAAAUGGAUUGUGUGCCGGGUGUGCCUGCAGCAGCCCAAGGAGCCCAUGGCCAGCAUUUUCAACGACGAUACGGAAAAGGACUUGACCCACAUGAUCCGCGAGUGCGGUGGAGUUCCCAUAAAGAAGUUUGAUCACUAUCCGGACAAGAUAUGCGAGAAGUGCUGCAAGAUGCUCAAAAUGUCAUUCAAGUUUCGGCAGACGUGCCAGCGGUCCUACGGCCACCUGAGGCAGUUCGUGGCCCCCGUGGAGGUGGAGCAUCGACCGCCCGCAAAGAAAAGGGCAAAUCAAACUUCCCAUCAGGAGCAGGAAACCGAGGACAUGAAGCAUGAGCAGGAAUUGGAGGAGGAGGAGGAGGACCUAGAUGGAAGCCAAUAUGCCGAGGGUGAGGCUGAGGAAACGGCGGAUGCCCAGGCCCACGACUACCCCGACGAUCUCGAGGAAGGCAUACUCGUAGAACUCGAGAAGGAUCGCCUUGUGGCUGUUAAAAAUGAACAGGUGGAAGAGGAGGGCAUCAUAGAGGAGGUUUACGACGUGUACGAGACCUACGAGGGCGACAUUAUAACCGAGCAGGAAAUGGCCGAGCACUCGCUCUCUGGACUCUCUGCAGACAUUGAAUACCUGGACCACGUCGAUCAGGAUCAAUUAACCGAGAGCGCUCACGAGGAUGAUCCUGACGAGGACGAAUUCAUACCAACAAGAUCGGUUAGAGCUGCCGCCAGCAAGCGCGGGGCCAUCAAGCGACGCGCCAGCCCUCGCAAGGCAGCCACGUCGUCCGCGAAAGCAGCUGCGGGAACAUCCAAGGACGGUGCCCGCAGCGGCAAUCCGCUGAAGAUCAGGCGGGGCAACAAUGAUGCGGCCACCACGAAAAUCGUUCUUAACGAGGACGGCAUUUCGAUUGGUGAACUUCUGGCGCGAAAACAUGCCGGGGUCAAAACCAAGGGCGGUCACAAGAUACUCGUAGGCGACAAGAAGGAGUUCAAGUACAUCUGCGACGUUUGCGGCAAUAUGUAUCCCUCGCAGAGUCGCCUGACCGAACACAUCAAGGUUCACUCUGGCGUAAAGCCGCAUGAGUGCGAGAUCUGUGGCCACUGCUUUGCCCAGGCUCAACAAUUGGCCCGUCACAUGAACACACACACGGGAAAUCGGCCGUACAAGUGCAGCUACUGCCCGGCAGCCUUUGCCGACUUGUCCACCCGCAACAAGCAUCACAGGAUUCACACCAACGAGCGUCCCUACGAGUGCGAUGUGUGCCACAAGACCUUUACAUAUACCAACACGCUGAAGUUUCACAAAAUGAUUCACACGGGAGAAAAGCCACAUGUGUGCGAGAUCUGCGGCAAGGGUUUCCCUCAGGCGUACAAGCUGCGUAACCAUCGGGUCAUCCAUGAGCGCCGCAGUGGUCCUGGGCGGGACAACGUCGACAAUCUGAUGGCCUACGACACGGCCAACAUUGUGGGCCUAGAGAUGUAGAUUUCUUUCCCAAGAGCGGAAACUCUAAAUAUUAAUAAACACGCGUGUAAUUACAGUUCUAAUUGUAUUGAUGAAGUUUAAGUCUAGCCUAAUUAUGCGGAAAUAAAUUAAGAAUAGCUGCGCA